AUGGGAAUUAGAGCACCUCCCGUUGAGAACAAUAACUAUGAGAUCAAGUCAAGUCUUAUCAACAUGGUGCAGAGCUCAAAGUUUCAUAUUUUGCCUAUGGAAGACCCUCUUGACCACUUAGAUCAGUUUGAUAUGAUGUGUGGGACAGUGAAAAUCAAUGGUAUCUCUGAAGAUGCAUUCAAGCUCCGCCUCUUUCCGUUUUCUCUUGGAGAUAGAGCUAGGACUUGGGAGAAGAACCUACCAGUGGGAUCAGUCACCUCUUGGGAUCAAUGCAAGAGAGCUACCAAAGAUAAGGAUGUUAUACAUUAUACAGAGGGGUGCAACCAAAGAUAA